AUGGAGUAUGUACCGUACCGACUGUCCGACUACCGAAACGAUACAGGAGCAUCGCCGGGGCUGGACAUCUCGGCACAUCAAUUUUUCCGGGAUCAGCCUCCGUCGCAGCUGCUGCUUCCUCUCGGUCUCCUCACGGCCGCACAAGGUCAUCCUAUGCUGGUGGAGCUCAAGAACGGCGAAACCCUGAACGGCCACCUCGUGACCUGCGACAACUGGAUGAACCUGAUCCUGCGCGAGGUUGUCCAGACAAGCCCUGAGGGCGACAAGUUCUUUCGACUUCCCGAAGUGUACAUUCGCGGCAACAACAUCAAAUAUCUCCGCGUACCCGAAGAAAUCAUUGAGAUCGUCAAGGAGCAGCAACAGAACCAACCACAGAACCGCCGCGGCGGCCACGGACGAGAUGUCAAUUGGCGAUCUACAAAUACUACACACUUCGAAUCCCCAGACCGCACCAUGGCGGUUUGA